AUGGCUCCUCAAAUAGCUACAUCCAGCAUCGCCAUGGCCCUUGCUGGCAAGACGGCCUCUGUUGAUAUCCCCAAGCCCCGUUCCGGCUUUUCUUCUGGCAGACGCGACUCUGUCCGUCCAGGACAUCCCGCGAUGUUGCCCACGCCUCCCAAUUCCAUCUCCCCGACUCUCCCUCCGCAGGCUUUCAAAAAACAAGAUCUUCGCCGUCCCGGGUCUCCUCCGCUUGCCACUUCGCCGCAUGUGGAUUCGGAUAUCGACCUGGGCGACGCUGCAAAUGACCAGCGUCAGUCCGCGGAUGGCCUGGAUAACGUGGGAGAAAUCACCCCGAGCAUGCUGGCCAGGUAUCACUUGCCCGAGGUCAUGCUCAACCAAGGUCCUCUGGCUAUCCGUCAUGUCAUGGCAUACCUGACCACUUCGGUGCCCGGGUUCUCCAGAAUCCCCCCUGCCAAGGCGCGCAGACUCGUCGUGGCAGCCCUGGAGGGCCGGGGGAAUGAGGGAGGGGGCCUAAACGGCGAUAUCAUAUUUGAGAAAGUGGGUUGGGGCCGCUGGGAUGCGCGACGCCGUGGCGAACCUUUGCGCAACCCCUCGCAUCCAACCGCGUCGCCACCCGCUAGUUUCUCGAACUUGUUCACUCAGCGAGGUAUGGCCAUUCCGGCUAGGCGAGAAUCCUCAUAUACCUACGGAAGCAGCAUGACUGGUGAUUCAGUCGUGUUCUCUUACACUGAAAGAGAGCAUGGUCAUGGGGAUCUCAGCAUGCUGGAACACGAAGCAGACAAGAUGUCUCUCGACGGAGACGACCGCGAGUACUGCUCGUCUUCGGAGGCUCCUGAUGAAGAGAUUCCAGAUGAAGACUGGGGUGAGGAGGACGUCACCGACGAGGAGGACUGGGCGCAGAUAGGAGCCGCAGCCCUCCGCGCACGUUCAGUGAACGGAGGAGGGUUCAUAAAUGGCAACGGACCAUCCCCUCUAUUACGAGGCGGCGGACCUGCUCCGUCCUCGUUGGCAAAAUCCGCACCGCGGCAUAUUCCCAUUCAACAGCUCGGCUUUUCCGUGCCUGACGGCAUGGUUGGCAACAAGGAAGAACGGGCCGCGGUGGAAGCAUUGUUAAGACUUGGAUCUAUGUGA